GACUUGGUGUCAAAGAAUCAGUGAAGUCGAAAUACCUGGACGAUAUGAACAGUAUAGUUUUUGCGUCUUUGUUUCUGUCCUGCAGCUUUGCUCUGCUCUAUGGUGGAGUGCAAGCUACAACUGCAGCAGACACUUCCACUCUAAAGCUCCUCCACAUAGUCUUCAGACAUGGUCAUAGAAACCCAGACGAGGGCAGCAUCUAUGACGACAACCCCUACAAAAACGAAAGCUACUACACCGAAGGCUAUGGCCAACUGACCAACCAAGGCAAAGUACGGGAGUACUCGAUAGGUACGGCUCUAAGAGACAGGUACGACGACUUCCUCACAGACUCCUGGAACAUCAACUAUUUGGAGGCCAGAACCACCGAGACCAACAGAACGAAAAUGUCACUGGCUUUGGUGUUGGCUGGACUGUACCCGGCUAGGCAUUCUCAGAUUUGGUCUUCUUUGUAUUGGUUGCCUAUACCUUAUAACUAUCUUAAAAGUUCCGAAGAUAAAGAGACACGUUGGUUUUCAGUUUGCACGAACUUUUACACGCUUUACAAUGAAUUAGUACAGUAAAUGGUUAGUACCAGUAACGUCACUAGCUAUCUGAAACGUUAUAAAGGAACAUUCGCCAUAAUGUCCGCAUACACUGGAGUAGACGACUUCACAAUAAGUAAUGCAUUUAACUACUAUUUUGGAUUUGCAACGCAAGAAGAAGUCGGGUAUCCUUUUGAAGACUGGGUCAGUACAGUUUACCCAGAACCACUUCAUUCUGCAGCCGUUGAUUAUUACUAUCUAAUAACGAACACCACAGCUUUGCGACAGAUUGCUGCAGGAUAUCUUUUGAAGAAAAUCUUGAACGAUACAGAGCAACUGAUCAAUGGUACCUUAAGUCCAUCUACCAGAAAAAUGUUCCUGUACUCUGCCCAUGAAAUGAACGUUGGUUCCAUGAUACUCUCCCUGGGUAUCAAGCAUAUUACUGAUAUUCCGGCUUACGGGUCAUACGUUCUGUUUGAAGUGCAUGAAAUUGACGGAGUUUACGGUUUCAAAGUUUUAUAUCAACUGUACGAGGAAGACGAUCCAAUUGAAGCUGAGAUCACCGACUGUGGUACUUUUUGUUCAUUUGAUGAUUUCUCCGCUCUUUAUGACGAUAUAAUACCAUCCAGUGACGAAGAAUGCACAGGAUGAAACACGACUUUUUUUAUAUAAUAAUAUAAAUCUGUUGUAUUAAACUAAAAUAAAUAAUAAAAUAA